UCCUCACCGCACGGUUAGACAACCGCGCGUGAUUUCCAUGGGAACGUCGUCACGCAAAGGAAAUUACCGGGUUUGCUUGGUCAGUGGGCUUGGUUGGUUGACAAUAAUCUUGCUAUGGCUGCAAAGGGGCAAAAGAGGGCUGACCCUACUGAGCUGAAAGCUAUUUUCAUAAAGUAUGCCAGCAUCCAGAAGAACGAUGAGGCCUUCAUGUCUCCAGAGGACUUUGUGGUCCGGUUUCUCUAUGCACAUACUGACAUCAGGCUGUCUGACGAGGCCACCUCAUUGGUGGCUGGGGUGGUGGACCAGAAGAAAGAUGGGUUGAUCUCCUUCCAGGAAUUUGUGGCCUUUGAGUCGGUCCUCUGUGCUCCAGAUGCGCUCUACGUGGUUGCCUUCCUGCUGUUCGACAAGACGGGCAAAGGAGCAGCCACCUACGAGGACGUGAAGCAGGUCUUCAGCCAGACCACCAACCAUCAGCACAUCCCCUUUAACUGGGAUUCUGAGUUCAUGCGGCUGCACUUCGGCACAGAGAGGACCAAGCACCUCAGCUAUGGAGAGUUCACCCAGUUCCUCCUGGAGAUGCAGCUGGAACAUGCGCGGCAGGCCUUUGUUCAGAGGGACAAGGCCCACAGCGGCUCCAUCUCCGCCCUGGACUUCAGGGACAUCAUGGUCACCAUCCGGCCCCACAUGCUCACACCCUUUGUGGAGGAGAGCCUGGUGGCGGUGGCCGGGGGCAGUACAUCUCACCAGGUCAGUUUCUCCUACUUUAACGGCUUCAACUCUCUCCUCAACAACAUGGAUCUCAUUAGGAAGAUCUACACCACACUGGCUGGGAGCAGUAGAGUUCUGGAAGUCACUAAAGAGGAGUUUAUCAUUGCGGCCCAGAGGUUUGGUCAGGUGACUCCAAUGGAGCUGGACAUCCUGUUCCAACUGGCCGACCUCUCUGAGUCCCGGGGCCGUGUUGGUCUGGUGGACAUUGACAGGAUUGCUCCACUGGAGGAGGGGGCCCUCCCAUACAACCUGGCCGAGGUCCAGAGACAGCUGUCCGGUGGUGACCCGUCCCGAUCUGUUCUCAUCCAGGUAGCAGAGUCCGCCUACAGGUUUGGCCUCGGCUCCAUCGCUGGCGCUGUGGGAGCCACAGCAGUGUACCCCAUAGACCUAGUGAAGACCAGGAUGCAGAACCAGAGGACCACAGGCUCCCUGGUGGAAGAGCUCAUGUACAAGAACAGCUUGGACUGCUUCAAGAAGGUGCUGCGCUACGAAGGCUUCUUCGGCCUCUAUAGAGGUCUGGUACCACAGCUACUGGGUGUGGCCCCGGAGAAAGCCAUAAAGCUGACAGUGAAUGACUUUAUCAGAGGGAAGACCAGACAGAAAGAUGGAUCAAUCCCUGUACCUGCUGAGAUCCUGGCUGGUGCAUGUGCGGGUGGAUCCCAGGUGAUCUUCACCAACCCUCUGGAGAUUGUGAAGAUCCGGCUGCAGGUGGCUGGAGAGAUCACCACCGGCCCUCGCGUCAGCGCCAUAUCUGUCAUCAAGGACCUGGGUUUCUUUGGCCUCUACAAGGGAGCCAAAGCCUGUUUCCUGCGAGACAUCCCCUUCUCAGCCAUCUACUUCCCCUGCUAUGCGCACGUCAAGGCCUACAUGAGUGAUGAGGAUGGGAGGAUUGGACCAGGCAAGCUGCUGUUUUCAGGGGCCAUAGCAGGCAUGCCCGCGGCCUCCCUGGUGACCCCGGCCGACGUGAUCAAGACCAGGCUUCAAGUGGCGGCCCGUGCCGGCCAGACCACGUACACCGGUCUCGCUGACUGCUUCUGGAAGAUUCUGAAGGAGGAGGGACCACGGGCCUUCUGGAAAGGAGCGGGAGCCCGAGUGUUCCGGUCCUCGCCCCAAUUUGGGGUCACCCUGGUGACCUAUGAACUCCUGCAGAGGUGGUUCUACAUUGACUUUGGCGGACAAAAGCCGUCUGGUUCGGAGCCGACUCCCAAGUCUCGGAUCAGCCUGCCGGCGCCCAGCCCCGACCACAUCGGAGGUUUCAGGUUGGCCGUGGCCACGUUCGCUGGCACCGAGAGCAAAUUUGGACUCCACCUCCCAAGAUACAACGUUCAAGUAACCCCCCCAUCCAAGAAGGACGCCCCUUGAAUUGAACCCCCUCUGCCCACACGUAGGGGGCAGAAUAGAGCACACGUGCAAUCAUUACACCCUCUCCCUCCCACCCCCACCCAGUCAAGCACUUGGAAUAUUCCACCCGAAAGAGAAGCACAUUGUGAGUAGUAUGAUUUGCCUCUCUAGGCUUAAAAGAUAAAUAUGUAUCUGUUUUAGUUGAUGAGAACUUUUUUUAAACCUAUUAUGAUCUUCUGGAAUGUACCUUUCUACAUCAUGGAUAGAAACACAAAAACGUUGUUCUAGCUUCUGUUUUAGUCUUAGCUACCCGUAAAGAUUACUUUUUGAGUCAGUCUUAUUGUGAAGAUCAAGUGAUAUCUGCAGGACUGACAAUGUGUGUCUAGAGUAGUGUUCCAGUUUGUCUUUUCAUACAGUAAUAUGCAUAGUAGCGGAGGGGCUGGCCAUGACUUGAAUUAGACCUGGACUGCUUCCUUUCAUUUCAUCAUCACUAAGGCCGGGACUCAUUCAAAAGUGCGUAGUCAACAUGUGCAUUGCACUUGCUUUUAAAGGUCAUUUCCACUUGAGCCGACGUACCGUAUUUACCAAGGCCAUCUCUUUAAAAGACACUUGACAGUUCAAUGUGCUCAUCUACAACGUGCCUUUGAUUGAAUCUCGGUCUAACCAGCACUUUAUAUGAUGGUGCUUUUACUGUCUUCCACCUGAGAGUCUGAUAGAUACCAAACAGAAUGAGUCCUAUCCGCAGGAUGGGGAUAGUAGCACAAGUACGCACAUCUGAAUGACGGUUCUACUGUACAUCUGAAUGACGGUUCUACUGUACAUAUGAGAACGCAACAGACACAUCCGAAUGACAGUUCUAAUGUACAUAUGAAUGACGGUUCUACUGUACAUAUGAGAACGCAACAGACACAUCUGAAUGACGGUUCUACUGUACAUAUGAAUGACGGUUCUACUGUACAUAUGAGAACGGAACAGAGAGACACAUUUACAUAUUGAUACAGUUCACCAAGUGGCGUUUUAGAUACUGAGAAGAAACUAAUAAUCUUGAUCUUGAACUUCAUUUGCGAGAAAACAAAAGUUUGACCAAUCAAAACGCUUGAAUGUAAUAUACUGUUCACUAUUACCACCACUUGCACAAGGUAUUACUACUACACCUACUAUGGUAUUGUAGUGACUGUCUGUUAUCCUAAGUUGUCUCAGAUCAAACUGGGCUGUGUGUUGUAUACAUUUCUAUUUAAAGAAUCAUCAGGGUACAAAAGAGCAGGGGGAGAGAGUAGAGAGAUGUGGGGUAUUCCAGAAAGCAGGAUUAUGAAACUAUCCAGUUAACUUUGAUAAACAACCACAUAUUAUUUUCUGGUUGAUUAAGAACACUACAUUUGUAUACUGGUUGUUGUUGCCGAGUCAAUUAUAUCUUGUCAAUUUGAAGGGCUCUAUUCAGUCCAUAUCACAGAAGUUCAACUUUAAAGCGUGAUUCACAAUUAAAGGCAAUGUUCUUGCGGUCACAGCGACUGCAUUCACCGUAAACGCUGCGUAUGUCGGCCCUAUCACAAAUGACCUUUACAUUUCUAGUGCGAAAUCUGUAACACUUCAGCAAUACAGACUGAACAGAGCCCUAAGUCUAUAAUUCUCAAAAUAUCUCAUUAUUUUAAGCAAUGUUGGACAGUUAGCUGGCUAACUUAUUUAUCCAGCUUCCUGGAACAGCCCAGUGGUGUCACGGAAGACGUCCGUAUUUAAACUUGUACAGUACAGGAGAGAAGUAGAAUAUGGUGUGAUAAUUGUGCCUUACUGUAUGUAUGGCAGCAAUAUGUAUAUGUACUAAUGAAAUUAAACGUUAGUGAACAAAG